AAAAAUAAAAACAUAAAAAAAAAACACCCCGCCCCCAAAUUGCCCAUACUCUCUUAAUUUUUCCAAAAAUAACAAAUGCUUCGACGUACAGUUGGCAUGGCCUUGCGGUCAGCACGCCUUUUACCCCGCCAUUACACCACAAAACCUACUUUCACCACCAUUGACAAGGCCGAAGUUCAAAAGUUUAGUGACAAGGCAGCCGAAUGGUGGGAUCCCAAAGGUGAAUUUGCCAUGUUGCAGUUACUGAAUCCUCCUCGCGUCUCCUAUGUACGUGAUCAACUUGUAGGUGCAGCCAGCGAUGCUGCUCAGAGUGGUAAACCUUUUGCUGGUAUUAAAAUGUUGGAUAUUGGCUGUGGUGGUGGACUUUUAUCCGAGUCCCUUGUGCGAUUGGGUGGCGAUGUGGUGGGUGCAGAUGCAUCCUAUGAUAAUAUCCAAAUGGCCAAAUUACAUGCACGUAAAGAUCCUAGUUUAUGGCGAGGACCUGGCAAACUCGAAUAUCGCAACACCACUGCAGAGGAUAUUAUGGAAAAGGGAGAAAAGUUUGAUGUAGUGUUGGCUAUGGAAAUCAUUGAACAUGUCAACCAACCACUUGACUUUUUAAGAACAGUGGCUGGCCUGGUUCGACCUGGCGGAGAUUUGUUUAUUUCCACCAUGUCACGUACACCAGCUGCCUAUGCCUUGACUGUGUUUCUAGCUGAAAAGGUACUGGGGAUGGUGCAUGAGGGUACACACGAUUGGAGUAAAUAUAUCAAGAGUAAAGAAUUGAUCAAUGCAAUUCAAUCGUUUGGUGAGGAAUGGGAUGUCAAGGAUGUUCGUGGUAUUUCUUGGGAUCCAAUCAACCGCAAAUGGAAAGUGACUGAACAGAAUGGAUUAGUGGGUUAUGGCGGUUUAGAGUCUCUCGAAAUCAAUUAUAUUUUAAGAGCUUCCAAGAAAUUGGCACAAUAAAAAAUAAAAAGUAAAAU